CGGCCCGGCUUCCGAGGGGAGAAAGCGGGCUGGCCGGGCUGGGGACCCGCGUCUCGGCCCUCAGAGCGGGGAGGGGACCGCGGCGAUCGACCCCGGCCCCGCUACCGAGCCCCUUCGGCGGCAGGUCGCUCCUGCGCUUGGCCCAGCUCAGCAUGCAGCCUUGAACCUGGCUUAGGCCACCACCUACUCCAGCUCUCUACAACCCCUAUUUUACCGUGGCUCGUGGUGUGGGCUCUAGGCUCCAAGGUACAGCAUCUCUUCAUUUAGGAAACCCCACGCCUCCAGAGGGCCCUGCGGAUCCUGCAGUCAGCUCUCUGAGAAGACAGCAUGGCUAUUACUCUGCAGCCCAGUGACCUGAUCUUUGAGUUUGCAAGCAACGGAAUGGAUGACAUCCACCAGCUGGAAGACCCUUCAGUGUUCCCAGCUGUGAUCGUGGAGCAGGUCCCCUACCCCGAAUUACUGCAUCUGUACUCAGGCCUGGAGCUGGACGACGUUCACAAUGGCAUCAUAACAGACGGGACCUUGUGCAUGACUCAGGAUCAGAUCCUGGAGGGUAGCUUUUUGCUAGCAGAUGACAAUGAAGCAACCUCGCAAACCAUGUCAACCACUGAAGUCUUGCUGAACGUCGAGUCUCCCAAUGACAUCCUGGAUGAGAAGCAGAUCUUCAGCACCUCCGAAAUGCUUCCAGACCCGGACCCUGCUCCAGCCGUCACUCUGCCCAGCUACCUGUUUCCUGUCUCUGAGCCCGACGCCCUUAACAGGGCUGGUGACACUGGUGGCCAGGAGGAGUGCUGUCUGGAGGAGAAGGUCCCCAGAGAAGAAAGUACCAAGAAGACUGGAAAAUCGAAGAAGAGACUCCGGAAGACCAAGGGCAACCGCAGUACCUCACCCGUCACUGACCCCAGCAUCCCCAUUCGGAAGAAAUCGAAGGAUGGCAAAGGCAGCACCAUCUACCUGUGGGAGUUCCUCCUCGCACUUCUGCAAGACCGGAACACCUGCCCCAAGUACAUCAAGUGGACCCAGCGAGAGAAAGGUAUCUUCAAGCUGGUGGAUUCCAAAGCGGUGUCCAAACUGUGGGGGAAGCAGAAGAACAAGCCUGACAUGAACUAUGAGACCAUGGGACGGGCACUAAGAUAUUACUACCAAAGAGGCAUCCUUGCCAAAGUGGAAGGGCAGAGGCUGGUGUACCAGUUUAAGGAGAUGCCCAAGGACCUGGUGGUGAUUGAAGAUGAGGACGAGAGAAGUGAAGUCCCAGCCACAUCCCCUCAGGCCUCCACUCCCUCCACCUCGUCCAGCAGCACCACCCGGCGAGCCAGCUCCAGGGUAUCAUCCAGAGCUGCCCCGCAUGGCAAGGGCGCCACUUCCUGGGAAAAGCCAAAGUUUCAGCACGUUGGUCUACAGCCAUCUGCGAGUCUGGAAUCGGGACUGUCUCUAGACGAGGAGAUCCCCACUACCUCCACGGUGCUUGUCUCUCCACCAGAGAGCCAGGCCAAACGCACCAAAGCUGUGAGUACUUCUUCAGUGCCCAGCAACAUCCACCUAGGAGUGGCCCCUGUCGGGUCAGGCUCGGCCUUGACCCUGCAGACCAUCCCGCUGACCACAGUGCUGACCAACGGGCCUCCUGCCAGUACUACUGCUUCAACCCAGCUCGUUCUCCAGAGUGUUCCGCCUGCUUCGACCUUCAAGGACACCUUCACUUUGCAGGCCUCCUUCCCCCUGAACACCAGUUUCCAAGAGAACCAGGUGGCAGCACCAGGGGCUCCGCUGAUUCUCAGUAGCCUCCCCCAAAUUCUGGCUGGGGGCAACUGUCCGACCAAUCCAGCACCACCCUCGGUCACAGGGGCUGGCCCAGCAGGGCCCAGCUCUCAGCCCCCCGGGACUGUGAUUGCGGCCUUCAUCAGGACUUCCGGUGCCACAGCAGCCCCUGGGGUCAAGGAGGGGCCUCUGAGGCCCUCCUCCUAUGUACAGGGCAUGAUGACUGGGGCCCCCAUGGAGGGGCUGCUGGUUCCUGAAGAGACCCUGAGGGAGCUCCUGAGGGAUCAGGCUCACCUUCAGCCACUUCCAACCCAGGUAGUUGCAAGGGGUUCCCACAAUCCGAGCCUUCUGGGAAACCAGACUUUCUCUCCUCCCAGCCGCCCCACUGUUGGGCUGACCCCGGUGGCUGAACUUGAGCUCUCCUCGGGCUCAGGGUCCCUGUUUACGGCUGAGCCUAGUGUGACCACAUCUGGGAGCCUACUGACCAGAUCCCCAACCCCAGCCCCCUUCUCCCCAUUCAACCCCACUUCCCUCAUUAAGAUGGAGCCCCAUGACAUAUAAACGGAGGGCUUGGGGGGAAGUGUGACCCAUCAGGCAAAGUGGAGCAGCAUUUGUAUAUGGACUUCCUCUAAGAGCCUGACUGAAGGAGUGCACCUGCCCUUAUAUUUCAGUGGGGGGUCAGUACACCACACCCCCGUGCCCCACCCCUGCCCGGCGUCACCAUGGCCAAGACAGGCCCAGUCGGAGCAUCCCUGGUGUCAGACCACAGCUUUCAAGAGCACUAGGGGCUAUGUUCUUGUCGGGGUAAUAGGCUGACUUGGUGACGGAGGGCAGACCUCCUGAGACGUCUGUAGCCAGGGCUGGGGUAGGGGCUUCGUGAGAAGAGUCUUUUUGCCUGACUGUAUUUCACCAUCUUCUUUCCCUCCACAGAGUACUUACUAUCCCGUACGUGAAUAUCUCUGUAUGUAUUUGUGUGUACU